AUGAGUGAUCCAGAUAAUUUUGACGACGAGGAACUCGUUUCUGCUACCACACAAAGCAGAAAUUGGAAAGGGAUUUUAAUUGCUUUAUUAGUUAUUAUUAUUGUUUUGGCAUUAACUGUUACAUCUGUUAUAUUAUUAACGCCUCCCGAAGAUGAUAUUAGAAUUAAGGGGACCCGUUUUAAACUCAAAGAAAUAUUAAAUCACGAAUAUCAGAAUUUGCCAUUUAACGGUUCUUGGAUUUCCGGUGAAGAAUUAAUUUUUAUGGAUGAUUGGGGAAGCAUUUCAAUAUUAAAUGCAAAAAAUUUAUCCAUUCGUACAGUUUUAGGCAAUCACACACUGAGUCAAUUCAACAUAGGAAAAUUCAUAAUGUCACCCGAUCAAAAAUAUAUACUUUUGGUUUGCAAUAUACAAAAGCUGUUCCGAUAUUCGUUCCUGGCCAAUUAUUACAUUUACGACAUUUCUACCAUGGAAAUUUUUCCGAUAAAAGUAAAUUCGGCAGAUGAACAGGAUAAUUUUUUCCAGUUGGUUGAUUGGGCCCCACGGGGUAACGCCCUUCUUAUUGUUUACAACUAUGAUAUCUAUUAUAAAACAUCACCGACAACAAACAAAAUUUAUAGGCUUACCGAAAAUGCCGAACCCGGGGUUGUCAGCAACGGAUUACCCGAUUGGUUAUACGAAGAAGAAAUAUUAUUUGGUAGCAGAGCGUUGUGGAUGAGCAACGAUGGUCAUCUUUUACUUUAUGCAAAAUUUGACGAUUCCGAAGUUGGAGAAGUUAAAUUAUCUUGGUAUAACGUACAUGAACGUGCCAAACAAUAUCCUGAAAUUCGACCUUUGAGAUACCCAAAGGCUGGUACCAACAAUCCAAAAGUUUCUUUGUUUGUUUCUGACUUGGCGGAUCUUGAUAAUAUUAACACCAAAGAAAUAAUUCCUCCGCAUGGACUAAUACAUUUGAGUGAUUACUACUUUUCUUCCGCGAGCUGGAUUUCUCUGACAGAAAUUUGUGUCGUAUGGAUGAAUAGACCACAGAACCUUUCAUUGGUAACAAUUUGUAAGAGUCCACUUUGGCACUGUCAGGAGACGCAAAGAAUCAGCGGAGAAGGUAAAGGAUGGGUUGAAAUAUUUCCUUCUCCACUAUUUUCACCGGAUGGGAAACGAUACAUAACUUUGGCGCCGGUAAGAGAUGGAUCAGCUGGAUAUUUUAGGCAUAUUAUCACGGUCGAUAUUCAGAAAAAACGAGCUUUGCCAUUAACUCAUGGAAAACAUCAAGUCAAUAAAAUAAUAGCCUGGGAUUAUAAUCUAAACGUUAUAUACUUUCUAGGAACACCAGAAAUGUAUCCAAGUCAAGUUCAUUUGUACAGAGUAAGUUCUGAUCCCCCUAAGAUUGGAUCCCCACUUCCUGUUCCAGUGUGUAUUUCGUGCUUUCCAAAUAACCAAACAUUAGAAAAAGAAAAUUAUUCAAAAAAAAUAAAAAGUCUUCCUGAAUCAUCUGUUUCUGACAAUGAAAUUAAAAAUGAUGGUGAUAAAAUGAAAAACAAACUGGAAGAGGAAACACCAAAAGAAGAAUAUUCGUAUCACAACGUUUUAUUUAGUCCCGAUUUAUCGUUUUUCAUUUUGGAAUGUUUGGGUCCGGGAGUACCUAUAACGUCUUUGUACACGACAAAAAAUUACCCGCAAAAACCGAAACUUGUCGCCAUUUUGCAAAACAAUGUUAAAUUAAAGGAAAAAAUAUCAAAAAAAGCUGUGCCUGUUUUAAAAACAUUUUCAAUACAAAUGUCAAGUGGAUAUCAAGCUCAAGUUCGUUUAUAUUUUCCUCCGGGACUAAGAGAAGACGAAGUUACAAAAUAUCCACUAAUUGUACAAGUAUACGGAGGACCGGGUACCCAAUUAGUGACUGACAGAUGGAAAAUAGAUUGGUUUACAUUUUUGGCAUCUAAUAAAGACUACAUAGUGGCACAAAUCGAUGGUAGAGGAUCCGGGGGUCAAGGCUAUCAAUUAAUGUAUGAAGUAUACCAUCGUUUGGGGACGGUUGAAAUAGCAGACCAAUUGGAAAUCACCGAGUAUUUAAAAGACACUUUUCAUUUCAUUGAUGAACAAAGAAUUGCCGUUUGGGGAUGGAGUUAUGGAGGAUUUAUUUCUGCUCUUUUAAUGGCCAAAAAUUCUGGAACUUUUCGCUGUGGAAUAUCUGUUGCACCUGUCACUAAUUGGGCUUUCUAUGAUUCCGCUUAUUCUGAAAGGUACAUGGGUCUUCCGAACGUAACGGAUAAUUAUAAAGGAUACGAAGAAUCGGAUGUGAGCAAAAUGGCAGAAAAUUUUAGAAACAAAAUGUUAUAUUUAAUACACGGAACAGCAGACGACAACGUUCAUUUACAACAUUCGAUGUCAUUAAUAAAAGCUUUGACAUCGAAAGGAAUAUUAAUUAGGCAACAAGUUUAUCCAGAUGAAAAACACACAUUAUCCGGAGUAAAAUAUCACCUUUAUAAAAGUAUGAUUAAUUACCUGGAAAAUUGUUUCCGAAUAGAAAUAACGUCUGAAAUGGAAUCGGGACUUCGUGGCGGUGGAACAACUGAUAGUUCUACAAUAUUAAUUUAA